CUUUCUCUUGUGGGAGCUGAAGCAGCUGUAAUACAUGGGGUGAUUUUUUUUUCAAACUGUCCUGAAGAUUGAGUGUUUUUUUUCAGUGGGCUGUUAAGCAAGGAUGAAAUCCAAUAAUUCAGACUGGUCUGGGAAGAAAUAGCUUGGUUUGUGUUGUUUGCUAUUUUGGAACAAAAGGCAGAGAGAAACCUAAGGGAAAUCAGCUGUAAACUUCAACAUGAUGGCAACAAAAACAACAACCAUCUCUCGAGAAGAGUUGGAGGAACUGAAAGAAGCUUUUGGCAAAAUAGAUAUUGACAACAGUGGCUUUGUCAGUGACUAUGAACUCCAAGAUCUCUUCAAAGAGGCAAACCUUCCCCUGCCUGGCUACAGAGUACGAGAAAUCGUAGAAAGAAUUAUUGUGGCAGCAGACAGCAACAAAGAUGGCAAGAUCAGUUUUGAAGAGUUUGUAUCGGUCAUCCAGGAACUGAAAAGCAAUGACAUUAGCAAAAUGUUCCGAAAGGCGAUCAAUAAGAGAAUGGGAAUCACUGCGAUUGGCGGGACAUCAGAGAUUUCCAGUGAAGGAACCCAGCACUCCUACUCAGAUGAAGAAAAGGUUGCUUUUGUGAACUGGAUAAAUAAAUCACUGGAAAAUGACCCUGACUGUAAGCAUGUUAUCCCUAUGAACCCUGAGGAUGACUCUCUUUUUAAAGCUGUUCGAGAUGGUAUCCUUCUUUGCAAAAUGAUCAACUUGUCUGAACCAGAUACAAUUGAUGAAAGAGUUAUUAACAAGAAACUUACUCCUUUUACAAUUUCUGAAAAUCUAAGCCUAGCUUUAAACUCUGCAUCAGCGAUUGGCUGCACAGUCAUUAAUAUUGGUGCCCAAGAUCUUAAAGAAGGAAGGCCGCAUUUGGUUCUGGGGUUGCUUUGGCAGAUCAUCAAGGUUGGCUUGUUUUCUGAAAUUGAGAUCUCUAGAAAUGAAGCUCUGAUAGCUCUUCUUGGUGAAGGAGAAGAUCUGGAACAGUUGCUGAAGUUGUCUCCAGAAGAGCUCCUGCUACGCUGGGUUAAUUAUCAUUUAAAUAACGCUGGAUGGGAGACAAUCACUAAUUUCAGUAAUGAUGUCAAGGAUUCUAGAGCCUAUUUUCAUCUUUUGAAGCAGAUUGCGCCUAAAGGCGAUGGUGAAGAAAUGCGGAUUGAUAUUGACUUUUCAGGAUUUAAUGAGAGAGAUGAUCACAGGCGAGCAGAGUACAUGCUUCAGGAAGCUGACAAGUUAGGUUGCCGGCAGUUUGUUUCACCAUCAGAUGUCGUUAAUGGCCAUCCGAAGCUGAACAUGGCCUUUGUCGCCAAUUUAUUUAAUAAGUACCCAGCACUUCACAAACCAGCAGGGGACUAUGACCUUGCAUUGCUUGAAGACCUGACCCCUGCUAAUGUAGGGGAAAGCAGAGAAGAGCGGACAUUCCGUAACUGGAUGAACUCCUUGGGAGUGGCUCCUUACGUCAAUCAUUUGUACAGUGACCUUACAGAUGCCUUAGUAAUAUUUCAGUUAUAUGAUCAAGUUCGAGUUCCUGUGGAAUGGCCUCGUGUUAACAGACCUCCUUACCCUGCUCUUGGUGGGAACAUGAAAAAGAUAGAGAAUUGCAACUAUGCUGUUGAAUUGGGAAAGACAAAAGCCAAAUUCUCCCUUGUUGGAAUUGCAGGACAGGAUCUGAACAAUGGUAUUCGCACACUUACUUUAGCUUUGGUAUGGCAGCUCAUGAGAAGGUACACACUGAACGUGCUUUCAGAUCUUGGGGCCGGAGAGAAGGCAAAUGAUGAUGUUAUUAUUUCUUGGGUAAACCAGACCCUUGCAGAAGCAAACAAGAGUGUCUCUAUCACUAGCUUUAAGGAUAGGUCGAUUAGUACUAGUUUGCCUGUCCUAGACUUGAUAGAUGCCAUUGCCCCUAAUGCAAUUAAAUCAGAAUUGGUCAAGAGAGGAGACCUUACAGAUGCAGAUAAACUGAACAAUGCAAAGUAUGCUAUUUCAGUUGCCCGAAAGAUUGGUGCCAGAGUGUAUGCUUUAGCAGAUGACCUGGUUGAAGUUAAUCCAAAGAUGGUGAUGACAGUGUUUGCAUGCUUGAUGGGCAGGUGGAUGAACAAAAGAAAACAAUAAGCAGGAAUGGCACUUUCUUUUAAACUGUCUUAUUGUAUAAGUUUAAUGGAUGGCGAACCCAUGGAUGGCAUCUGUAAAUUAUAGUGUCUUGUCUGUGGAUAGGUUCAUAGAUUAGUACUAAGCUAACUGCCCUUGCGAGCCAUUUUAAGCCUAGACAAUUAUCCCUUGUGAGAUUCAAACCCAGCACCUUGUGUUUGUAAGGCAAACACCUUAACCAUUAGGCCACCCUCCCAACAUUCAUUUAUUUUUUUUACGUCAUUAUUUAAAUUAGCUGAAGGUUAAUUCCUUCAGUUGACCCUGAAUUAUUUAUACAUUGCACUUGUUUAUAAAAUAUUUUUGUUGGUGUUUAAUGCUAAUGUGACAACUUUUCAUUGCAAUAUCCUGAGACUUUUUAAAUCAAAUGCUUGCCAAUGGUGUCCUACGUUUUGAGAUAAAAAGUGGAAUUCAGCAUUUGCAUUAAAAAUAAUAAUGUAUAUUAUGCUUUAUGGAAGACAGUAGUGGAAUAUUACGGUUUUCUGAUCGUCCUCUGGUUGUGAAUUAUGAAGAGAUUUACUUGAAACCGCACUUGGUACGUGAAUGCAGUAUACAAACUGCCUAAUUGCUGUAUGUAAAGAACCAAUAAAUCAAUAAAACAA